ACUCAAGCGCAGAGAAUUAAACGUCAUAAACGUCAGUUCCGUCACGUCGUCCGGCCCCUAGAUCAUCUCUGUUAUCAAACGCGUCAUUCGAAGAAGCGUGUUUCCGUAAUCUGUUCGAUCUUAAAGUAGAGGUCAACGCGGUCACCCGCUCAUGUCCGAUUCGUUCGGAUUAUAUAUGUAGCUAGCAGCUUUUACGAUCACGUCGAAAAUGACAGCGCCGAAGAAUUUGAUUAAUUCAUUAGACGACGCCGUGUGGGAGACUGUGUCGGGAUUAUCUUAUGCGUAUCCGCGAUUGGAGCAUCAUCCAUCGCACGGAGUCGUAUUGUCGCCAGAUUGCAGAGAUCGAAAAGAUAAAGUAGCAUUGCUUUGCGGUGGUGGCAGCGGACACGAACCAUUUGCCGCAGGCUUUGUCGGAAGCGGCAUGUUGACAGCAUCCGUAGCGGGAUCUAUUUUUGCGGCACCACCGUCUAUACAUAUCACGCACGCUCUCCGGUGCAUUGCAGAAAAUAACAAAGCUGGUAUUCUGGUCGUGGUGCCUAAUUAUACGGGAGACUGUCUGAACUUCGGUAUAGCGAUCAAGAAGGCUCAACAAGCCGGCAUCAAGGUGGAGGAAAUAAUCGUCGGCGAUGACUGCAGCAUUCCCGCAAACGAGCAGAGCGUGGCCGGUAAACGAGGGCUGGUGGGCAUGCUAUUCGUUAUCAAAAUCGCGGGCGCUUUCGCUGAACGGGGGCUUUCUCUGGCCGAGGUAGUAGAAAUUGCGCGAAACGUUUCGCUAAACACAGCGACGUACGGGGUCGGGCUAUCAGCCUGCGCUUUGCCAGGUCAAGGCCUCAUGUUCGAGCUUGCACAGGACGAGAUAGAGUGCGGAAUGGGUGUGCACGGGGAGGCGGGAUACGAGAGAAUCAAGCUCGGGAGCGCAUCCGUGCUGGUGACGCUAAUGCUGAAACGCAUUUGCGAGGCCUUAUCUUUGGCCGCUAAUGACUCGGUCGCGGUGAUAGUUAACAAUUUCGGUGCUUUAAGUCAAUUGGAGCAAGGGAUCGUCGUUUACGAAAUUGUAACUCAGCUUCGAAAUAUGAAGAUUGAGCCUGUUCGGGUCUAUUCCGGUGUUUUAAUGACAUCUUUGAAUAGCGCCGGUAUACAUGUGAGUUUGCUCAAGUUAACUGAAAGUUACGGGGAUGUAUUCGUCAAGUGCCUUGACGAAGAAACGACGGCACCUUGUUGGCCGGGUUGCAGCUAUAGUAUCCCUUCGACCGUCACACGUAUCCCGUUUAAAGUCGCGGAGAAGAAGGAAGCGGAGAAGAUAGGAAUAUGUUUAAACGUACACGAGCAACGUCUGAUGAAAUCGUGUUUGGAAAAUGCAUGUGCGGCUAUUGUCGAGCAAGAGGCUUAUCUCAACGAGCUGGACCGCGGAUGCGGAGACGGAGACUGCGGUUCGACGCUGAAAAGAUUUGCCGAUGGUAUAUUAAACAAUUUGGACAACUUAUUCUUGUCGCAUCCAGCAGCGUUGUUAUCGGAAAUAGCGAAUAUAGCGGAGGAACAUAUGGGCGGAACAUCCGGAGCUUUGUAUUGUUUAUUCUUUACGACUGGUGCGAAGGAGCUGGCUUUAUCCAAGCAAGGAGAAAACUUGCAACAUGGUUGGUUUUAUGCGUUUCGCAGUGGAUUAAAUUGUUUAGAAAAAUAUGGAAAAGCAAAAGCCGGAGACAGGACUAUGAUCGAUACGAUGGACGCGGUGUGUACGAUGUAUGAAAAAAUGUUGAAGGAACAUCCGAGCAACUUUUAUGACGGAUUAGCCGCGGCGGCGUGGAAAGGAUGCGAGUCUACGAAAAAUAUGAAACCCAAAGCAGGACGAGCUAGUUACGUAAAACAAGCUCGGUACUUGACGGAAGUGGAUGCUGGCGCAUUCGCCGCGGCGACGUGGAUUGCGGCUAUUGUACGGACGAUUACACAGUUUAAGGAAUAACACAAACACUCUUGUUAUCUCUUUUUUUUCUUUUUACUUGACAAUUGUAUUUCAGCGUCAUUGCUGUAAACAGCGGCGACAACAACUAAUAAUGAACAACAAAUUUAUAUCACCUAAAUUGGAGAAUUAAUUGCGGUGAUUAUAUUGAUAUUAUUCUUUCUAUACACAACAAGUUCGCUUACUUAGAUACUGUAGGUACCAGAAGCACUAAAUUUCCUAUAUUAGGUACCGCUGAUUGUAUAAUAAAGUGAAAAUAUAUA